AUGUUUAGGAACUUAUAUAAAGAGGUUGAAGAUGCUUUCUACUCGGUACUAGUUUUUGAGAGGGGUAGUGUAUAUAAUAUUGUUAUCUUUUUAUUUUUUAUUCCUACGUUACUAUUAAAAAAACAUCUUACACAUCACUCACAAGCACCAAUGAAGUUUGGAAUUUUGAUGCUGCUAAUGGGCGCAUACUGUGCAGUCGCAGAGGACACUUAUUACUACAAUUCCACUCUGCAGAUUACAUCCUAUGUUUGCCCCGAAUGUGUCACCUUGACGCCUGAUGUGUCUGUCACGGCAAGCUGCUCAGGUUGUUCUCCGGGGUCAUCUCAGUCAGACAGCACUGGAACUAUUACGAACCAAACGACAGAUGGUCUGACAGUAACAACAACGUCCAGCUGUGACACAGACUCCGUUGAAUCAACCACUGUUCCCGAGCUAUCGAGCUAUGAACCCACCACUUCAGAGUUUUCUGUUGGUUAUACCACUUACACCACUAGGUUCUACUCGACAAUCACAAUCACACAAGGAGAGUGUCCUGUUUGUACCGUUACCACAUCAGUCUCUACCAUUCCGAUAGUUACUUCCUAUACUUUACCGCCUCCAGAUUCCGUUAGCACUGGGACGCCUGAAGUGCCUUCGCUAACCGAACAAUCUUCUACUUCUGAAGCACCCUCGACGUCUCAGGUACCUCCAGAGACUGAUUCACAGCCAUAUGAAUCCAUCAACCCUAAAACUUCCAGCCCAAGCUUGGAGUCCACCUUAUACACCACACAUAGUUACUCGACAGUCACCAUCACACACGGGGAGUGCCCAAAAUGCAGUAAAGUUACUUCCGUUUCCACAAUCCCUAUCAUUUCCGCAUUCACAUCAACUAUAUCUUCUGUUGCUUCUACACCAUCUUCCAGCGAGCCUAUUUCUAGUCCGCAUUCCACUGGCUACUUAGAAAGUACUAUCACGACUGGGACCACCGACAUCACCACUCUUACUGAAACUAGCAGCUGCUCUGACAGCACCGAAGGGUCCGACACCACCACAGUCGUUACUCCUACCACACACACUGAAGUUUCUUCUACAAAUCCUUCCAUAGAGCCUUCUACCGAGGGAUCAUCCGCCCCAGAUGUAUCCACUGCUACCGAGGGAUCAUCCACCCCAGGUGUACCAUCCACCACAGAUGUAUCCAUUGCUACCGAGGGAUCAUCCACCCCAGGUGUACCAUCCACCACAGAUGUAUCCACUACUACCGAGGGAUCAUCCACCACAGAUGUAUCCAUUGCUACCGAGGGAUCAUCCACCCCAGGUGCAUCCACUGCUACCGAGGGAUCAUCCACCCCAGGUGUGUCCACUACUGAAUCUAUCUCCACCGAAACACCUCCUCCAGAGACUGUGUCAGAACCCUAUGAAUCCAUCAACCCUAAAACUUCCAGCCCAAGCUUGGAGUCCACCUUAUACACCACACAUAGUUACUCGACAGUCACCAUCACACACGGGGAGUGCCCAAAAUGCAGUAAAGUUACUUCCGUUUCCACAAUCCCUAUCAUUUCCGCAUUCACAUCAACUAUAUCUUCUGUUGCUUCUACACCAUCUUCCAGCGAGCCUAUUUCUAGUCCGCAUUCCACUGGCUACUUAGAAAGUACUAUCACGACUGGGACCACCGACAUCACCACUCUUACUGAAACUAGCAGCUGCUCUGACAGCACCGAAGGGUCCGACACCACCACAGUCGUUACUCCUACCACACACACUGAAGUUUCUUCUACAAAUCCUUCCAUAGAGCCUUCUACCGAGGGAUCAUCCGCCCCAGAUGUAUCCACUGCUACCGAGGGAUCAUCCACCCCAGGUGUACCAUCCACCACAGAUGUAUCCACUGCUACCGAGGGAUCAUCCGCCCCAGAUGUAUCCACUGCUACCGAGGGAUCAUCCACCCCAGGUGUACCAUCCACCACAGAUGUAUCCACUACUACCGAGGGAUCAUCCACCCCAGGUGCAUCCACUGCUACCGAGGGAUCAUCCACCCCAGGUGCAUCCACUGCUACCGAGGGAUCAUCCACCCCAGGUGUACCAUCCACCACAGAUGUAUCCAUUGCUACCGAGGGAUCAUCCACCCCAGGUGUACCAUCCACCACAGAUGUAUCCACUACUACCGAGGGAUCAUCCACCCCAGGUGCAUCCACUGCUACCGAGGGAUCAUCCACCCCAGGUGCAUCCACUGCUACCGAGGGAUCAUCCACCCCAGGUGUGUCCACUACUGAAUCUAUCUCCACCGAAACACCUCCUCCAGAGACUGUGUCAGAACCCUAUGAAUCCAUCAACCCUAAAACUUCCAGCCCAAGCUUGGAGUCCACCUUAUACACCACACAUAGUUACUCGACAGUCACCAUCACACACGGGGAGUGCCCAAAAUGCAGUAAAGUUACUUCCGUUUCCACAAUCCCUAUCAUUUCCGCAUUCACAUCAACUAUAUCUUCUGUUGCUUCUACACCAUCUUCCAGCGAGCCUAUUUCUAGUCCGCAUUCCACUGGCUACUUAGAAAGUACUAUCACGACUGGGACCACAGACAUCACCACUCUCACUGAAACUUCUAGCAGCUCUGAGACUAUGGAAGUCUCGAGCACAGUUCCCGGAGUUACUCCUGAGUUGUCCUCACCGGCUUCUGAAUACCCACAGUCUGAUAUGUCUACCGGCACACCUGAAGUUACACCAUCUACUUCAUCUACUACAACAUCACCCUCUCUAAGCAUUCCAGAUACAUCCUUGCCACCUUACGAAUCCAUUAAUCCAAAGACUUCUACUAAAGGGUUUGAAUGCAGCGCCUAUACAACCACUAUUCAAUCUAUAAUCAUUGUUACCUCUGGUAUAUGCCCUGACUGCUCUACCAUAACUUCUCUGACCAACAUACCAGUCGUCACGACUGGUAUAUAUCCUGAAUGCGGUAACAACCCACCAUCCCCAUCAGUUCCAAGUAUAGUAACAAGCACAAUUAUUAGCUUAACCACCGAGGAAGAUAUAACUUUAACGAGCACUUCGUUCAAAACAAUAACCUUCACAACACCAUCCGUUUCUGGCACGAGUGAAAGUACCACGGUUGUACCACCACAAGCCCCCGAAACAGCCUCUACAGAAUGUACUUCUAAUUGCAAUAUCUCUCCAUCUGUUUCGUUAGGAUCAUCCACCAUAUCCACAACUUCCGAAACCACUCCGCAUUCUGACGGCAAAACGACAACCGAUCAAAUAACAACAAGUGCCACUGUUUCAAAGGCUACAACAAUUACUUCUUCUGCAGAAUCUACAAACACCAUCCCAACAAUUGUCCAAAAAUCUUCCACCUUCAAAACAUCUUCAAGUACAGCUAGUAGCCCAUCUAUUUCUGUGUAUGACGGCAAGGCACCAACAUUCUCUCCAUCAAUAACUCUAUUGGUACUCGGACUAUUAGGUUUUAUUUAA